AUGGAGGGGGCUUUCUGUGCCGGGGUCCUGCUGCUGCUGGUGCUAGGAGCUGCCGCGUCCCCGGCGUCCCCGGCGUCCCCGGCGUCCCCGGCGUCCCCGGCGUCCCCGGCGCGGGCAGCCUGCGGGCAGCCCCGUGUAUCCAGUCGGAUCGUAGGGGGCCGCGACGCCCGGGAGGGAGAGUGGCCGUGGCAGGCGAGCAUCCAGCGCGCUGGGGCGCAUGUGUGCGGCGGGUCGCUCAUCGCUCCCCAGUGGGUGCUGACGGCGGCGCACUGCUUCCCCAGGCGGGCCUUGCUGUCCGAAUACCGCGUGCGUCUAGGGGCGCUGCGCCUGGACCCGGCCUCGCCUCGCGCGCUCUCCGCGCCGCUGCGGCGGGUGUUGCUGUCCCCCGACUACUCCGAGGACGCGGCCCGAGGCGAUCUUGCGCUGCUGCAGCUGCGGCACACCAUACCUCUGAGCGCCCGCGUCCAGCCCGUCUGCCUGCCCGAGCCCGGCGCCCGCCCGCCUCCAGGUUCCCUGUGCUGGGUCACCGGCUGGGGCAGCCUCCGCCCGGGAGUUCCGCUCCCGGAGUGGCGCCCCCUGCAGGGAGUGAGGGUGCCGCUGCUGGACUCCAGAGCCUGUGACCGCCUCUACCACCUAGGGGCCAGGGUGCCCCAGGCCGAGCGCAUUGUGUUGCCUGGGAACCUGUGCGCCGGCUACCUGGGGGGCCACAAGGACGCCUGCCAGGGGGACUCCGGAGGGCCCCUGACCUGCGUGCAGUCUGGGCGUUGGGUGCUGGCCGGCGUGGUGAGCUGGGGAAAGGGCUGUGCCCUGCCCAACCGUCCCGGUGUCUACACCAAUGUGGCUGCCUAUAGCCCCUGGAUCCUGGAUCACAUCAGCCUCUGA